AAUGUAUCACAUAAUUCACGUUAAGUUGAACGAAGGCGGUUCUUUAUUACAUUCCACCCACAUACAAACGUGGCUAAAAUUGGGAGCUGUUUCUCUGCAAUUCCCUCAAAUUUCACAGGUAAUAGGAAGUAAGGAAAGAAAAUCAUGGGUUUGCACGGCUGUUGCAGCUCUCUACCAAUUAGUUUGCACGGUUGUCCUACUGCCCGGACAAAAACUUACAAAAUUAAAAGUUACAAGCGAAGAAGAGUAUAUUCCGAAAACGGCUGAUGAACUACACCACACAACCGAAGCAUGCGAUAGAAUAUCUGAACUAAUGUAUGCCUUGAGCUCGCAACUGUCGUUUCUAGUAAAGAACAGGGCGUUACCGGAUUAUAUAUUAUAUCCUUUACGCAAUGUUAUCAUAGGUAUAGCUCGAUUGCCUUUAGUAAAUAGCUAUGCUAGGACACCAAUGUUAGCAUGGCGUCUUGGUUGGAUUCCAUCAGUUUCUGGAGAGAAUAGAACAAGUUUACCUCCUCUCCCUCAAGAACUACUUAUGGAGAGAGAAGUUUUAAUAGAAUUUAUAAGACGUAUUAAUUGCUUGGGGUGGAUAUCGAGAACACAAUUUGAAGAGACUUGGAUGAGUUUAUUAGGUGUUUUGAGUCCCGCAGCUGAAGAGGGCGGAGGGAGCGUUCAGGAUAUAAUGGAAAGAAAUCAUUGUUCAUCUUUGGCGUUGAGAGCAAUGACAGCACUUUUGCAGUAUACAACACUAGCGCCUCAUAGCGGCAAUCCGGCAAGUAGUUCCACUUCACCUGGACCCAGAUCGGCUAAUCUUUACAGUUUAAGAACAAGGUGA